AGAAGUUUUGUGCUAUUAAUUAAUGGUGACAGAAGAAGAUAAAAUAGAGAUGGGAUGCAACUGUGAGUAGGUGUGUAUGUAAGAGAUGGGAGGGCACACGCUGCACACAAAUGAUGGGGAAUUAAUUAGGGCUAGAUGCAUCCAGUUUUUUUUUUUUUUUUUUUUUUGCAUCCAGCUUUAAUCACUUGAUAUUUCUCAUUAAAUGGUAGUAACUUCCCAUUCCAUCAUUUCCCUCUUUUUUAUUAAAUCUUUUCAUCAAUCAAACACAUAACAUGCCCAAUUGAACUCGACGAUUCUAUUUUGUUGUUGAGCAAUGCUUUGAAGAGAAUUAGAGAAUGAAAGACAUUGAAGAAAGAAAAGCAUCUCCUCCUUCUCCUUCUCCUCUGUCGAAGUCGAAAUAUGAUUAUUACGGAAUUUGCUUUAUCGGAGGUAUGCUUAGUUCCGGCGCCACCCAUCUCGCUAUAACACCUCUCGAUGUACUCAAAGUCAACAUGCAAGUCAAUCCAGAAAAAUACAAGAACAAUGGAAUUCUCUCCGGCAUUGCCACCAUUUGGAAAGAGGAAGGUUCUUAUGCUCUUUGGAGAGGUUGGUCUGGCAAAUUAUGUGGAUAUGGUAUUCAAGGAGGGUUCAAAUACGGUCUUUAUGAGUAUUUCAAAAACUUCUAUGCCGCCGACGAUGAUCGUGCAUUGAUUAAGCUUAAUAGAAAUUCUAUAUUCUUUCUCAGUGGUUUGUCUGCACAGCUUUUAGCUGAUGUUACUUUAGCUCCUUUUGAAGCUGUUAAGAUCCGUGUUCAAAUUCAACGUAAUUUUGCUAAGGGUUUAGUGGAUGGGUUUCCGUUAGUAUAUAGAAAUGAAGGCCUUGCUGGUUUCUAUAGGGGCCUUGUUCCGUUGUGGAGCCGCAAUCUUCCCUUCUCGAUGGUCAUGUUUUCAACAUUUGAGCAUUCAGUGGACUUAAUAUAUAGAAAAAUUAUGCAUAGAAGAAAGGAGGAUUGUUCUACAGCACAACAACUUGGUGUGACGUGCUUAGCAGCCUAUACAGCUGGUGCUGUUGGUACUGUAAUUUCCAACCCGGCUGACAAUGUCAUGACUAGUCUUUAUAAAAAAAAGGCUGAAUCUGCUAUGCAGGCUAUCAAGAGCAUUGGGUUCAUAAAUCUGUUCACUAGAAGUCUUCCUAUUCGCAUUGCACUUCUAGGACCAGUUGUAACUUUGCAGUGGUUUCUAUAUGACACUAUAAAAGUGCUAUCUGGAUUCCCUACCAGUGGAGGACUUGCAAGAGACCAGAAGGAAAGUUAAAUUGUAGCUUGUGCUCAAGUAUCUGCGGAGCGUGGUGGUUUGUUCUUGCGGGUCUGAUUUGUUUUAUAGUACUAUUUAUUUUUCAUUAAAGUGAGAUAAGGAUAUGUUCGCUGUUCUUAAAUAAGACUGUAAUAAGCUUUUCUCAUAUAAAAAAAAAAAAAAAAAAGACUGUAAUAAGCAAUAUUUUUUUUCCUGUCUAAGCUCAUAGGGAUUUGUUCGUUGUUCACAGAGUCACUAUAUGGAAAAAUGACUUUGCAUUUGUACAUGUAAAUACAAAAUAGGAUUGAAUAA